UCUUUCCACCAGUUAAACUACACGGAACUAAAUUGUUGCGGACCGAGUUACGACCAAACUGGUUCCGGGUGCGGCUAACAACGGUAGCUGAAGUAAAAUCUCCGCCUCAAGAUCCAGCACACAGCGGUUUUCAGGACAUCCAGGACAAGAUGGAUGGCGAGGAGAGGACCUACGGUGGCUGUGAAGGGCCAGACGCCAUGUACGUCAAGCUGAUUUCCUCAGAUGGCCAUGAAUUCAUAGUGAAAAGAGAACAUGCCUUGACAUCUGGGACCAUCAAAGCCAUGUUAAGUGGUCCAGGACAAUUUGCUGAGAAUGAAACCAAUGAAGUGAACUUCAGGGAGAUUCCAUCUCAUGUCCUGUCAAAGGUCUGCAUGUAUUUCACCUACAAGGUCCGUUACACCAACAGUUCCACAGAAAUACCUGAAUUCCCCAUUGCUCCGGAGAUCGCACUGGAACUGCUCAUGGCUGCAAAUUUUUUGGAUUGCUAAAGUUACAAAGAUGAUGUGAAAGCUAAAAACAUUUUUAGAUAUUUUUUUUUCCAAGUAUUUAAAUUGUUUUGCAAUUUACUUUAAAAUGUUUUUUUUUGCUCCUUUGUAAUAAUUUCCUUAAUAUUAAAAAAUGUCAUUUUAAUAUGGUAUUGACCAUUGCAAAAUAAGAAUGUGCUGAUUCCACCCUCUUCUGCAGAGAUAUUUCCUCACCUCUCCAUCUAUCCAAAUAAAGACUUAUUUGGUGAGCACUUUGUUUUCACUUGCUACUCUGUACCAUAUGAAAUGCAUCCAACUUAAGUCAUAUUCACAAUAAACAUGCUAAUACAUUU